AUGUCAUGGCAAGCACAUGAUGGUCUGGAAUUUGGCCACUCAGCGUCCAUCACGCGUAUCAGCGAACAGAGGCCUUAUCGGGAAAUACCUCCUAUCCUGCGUACGAAAUUUCACCUUUGCAGUCAUAGUUCAGAAGAUACUUACACAUUGCUAGGACUAACAAAGGAAAAAAUAAAUGACGAAGUUACAGCUCUCCUACAAAAUACCACUCGAGAUUGGAUGAUCAACUGCAGUCAAAAUCACGAGAAAUGCCAAUUAGCCCAGCACUUCAAAGAAAAAUCUGAUUCUAUACCAACUCGAUUGAUAGAUGUUCAAUCCGACAACGGAGACACAGUCAGGCUUGUCGAUACGAAGGAAGAGUUAGCCGGCACAAUGCAACCCGUGUAUCUUAUUUUGAGUUAUUGUUGGGGAGCAGGAAACGAAGCGGCAAAAACAACACAGAAUAAUUAUCGCCAAAGAAAGCAUCAAAUUGUGGUCCGAAAUUUACCAAAAACAAUUCGCGACGCUAUUGCUGUGACAAGGAUCAUGGGGAUCCGAUAUCUCUGGGUUGACGCACUCUGCAUCAUCCAACCGGCUGACGACGACUUUCUUGAUGACUGGAAUAUCGAAGCAGCCCAAAUGGGGAGCUACUAUUCCAACGCUCAGUUAUGCAUCUCUGCUUUAUCCACAUCAGAUAGCUCGGAUGGAUUCCUUAGAGAGAGACACUCAGCUCGAUAUCCCUGGAGAGAAGGAGAAUACCUCCAACAUGGAGAAAACUUCUUUUCUAUCAAACCACCUGAAGAAAUAACGCCAGAACCGAACAUCAAAUUUAUGCCGCUAAUGAAACGGGCGUGGGCCCUGCAAGAAAGGAUUUUAUCCAUCCGAAGAUUACACUGGAGCAUGGCCGGCCUGUUAUGGGAGUGUGACAGUGGUAUGUUCCAGGAGAAUCAA